UCAGGAAGUGGAUGCGUCAGAGUUGAAAGUUCAAAACGUCCAACCCAAAUGCUACAACAACAAACAUCUUCAGGACGUUGAUAUUACGUUUGUUUUGUUAUUUUAUUGUAAGAAAUAAAGAUAAAAUGACAGGAAAUAAGGCGAAAGACCUUUUGCAGAUGGACCUGUAUGGUCUACUGGGUAUAGAAGGCACAGCGACGGCGAAAGAGAUCAAGAAAGCCUACCGACAGAAAGCCUUGACAUGCCAUCCAGACAAGAACCCAGACAACCCAAAAGCAGCUGAUCUCUUCCACCAGCUGUCCCAGGCCCUAGAGGUGCUGACUGAUGCUGCUGCCAGGGCUGCUUACGAUAAGAUCUGCGCUGCCAAGAAACAAGCAGAGGAGAGAAACAACAAGCUAGAUGCUAAGAGGAAGAAGAUCAAGCUAGACUUGGAGGCCAGGGAACGCCAGGCGGAGGCACAUAGUGCAGAGCAGUUUCAAAACACCAGAACACUAGAGGAGGAGAUUGCCCGUCUGCGAGAGGAGGGCUCCAGGCAGCUGCGGGAGGAACAGAGGCUGAUCAAAGAACAGAUCCAGAGGGAGAGAGAAGCACAGCUCCACCACACAGGCACAGCAGACUACACAGCUACAGACGCAGCAGUUGGAAGCCAUUCCAAGAGCAAUGUGACCCCCAAAUUAAAAUUGAAGUGGAAGUGUAAAAAAGAGGAUGACACCAACGGAGGCUACUCUCAAGACUUUAUUUUUAGCCUUCUAUCAAAGUAUGGCAACGUUUUAAAUGUUCUCAUAUCAAGGAAGAAGAGAGGAAGUGCUGUGGUAGAAUUUGAAACCGUAAAAGCAGCUGAAUUGGCAUAUAAGAACGAGAGUGGCCUUACAGCAAACCCACUGAAGAUCUCUUGGCUUGAGGGACGACCUGAAGUCAUCACCCCAGUGGUGUCGCAGGUUCAGCAAACAUCUGGACAGUACUUCCCACCUAAACAGGGCGCCCUGAGCAGUGAACGGGACUAUGAAAGCGUGGUGCUGAUGAAUAUGAGACAGGCAUCAGAGAGACAGAGACUCAUAGAGGAGAUGCAGAGAGAGGACGAGGAGGAUGCAGCAUAGUACCAGCCCAGAUCCAGUCUGACCCAGGCCAGGAUUCAAUCCAAGGUGUGUUUUCUGUAAGCGUGCGGUGCUUGACAUUUGAAGGUAAUUUCCGUUUGAACUGACAUCUGCACCCUAUACCGUGAAUGCGAUCUCUGCGCUUCAAUGUGCCUUUGAAUGAAUCCUGGCCCCAGACCCAGUCAGGCUCUUCCCAGCCACAACUCAACUACACUUUGCUAUACACCUGAUGCUUUAGUUUCAUAAAGCACAUCGUCUGUGUUAAAUAAAAAACAAUUUUCUGUUGAAUAAACAUAUUUUUUCAAAGAA